AUGACACUCGACAUCCCCAAUGAAGUUUUGGUACGGAUCGGAUUAAACCUUUCAUGUGCAGAUAAAGCCUCACUCGCUCUGGUGAGUCGGGCUUUUCGAAAGGUUAGCGAGGACGUCCUUUAUCGGGCCAUCGAUCUGAAGAAUCGCGAUCCGGUUGAGAUUCCAGAUCCCGAGUUUCCCAACGACACUCUCACGCUUUCCCCGCCUCCGGAAAUUCUAUGGUUGCUUCACCGGACACUAUGCGAGCGUGCAGAUCUCGCAGCCAUGGUGUUGAGCUUCGGAGUCACGUUACAAGGAGCCAAGAUACUCGUGGAUGUGCCAACCACCCGACUUCUUGGACGUUCUCGCUCACUUCAUCCUAGCGUCCAAGUGGAGGUGCAAGAAUCGGUGAUAGCCUCUUCGUUGAUCUUUGAUGUCAUGCACAAUCUGCAGCAUUUGAGUGUUGGCGCAACUGAGCCGGAUCAACACAUGCUCAGAGACAUGUUCGGGACGCUUGACUUGGACCGACCCGGGGCGAUUCAUACUCUGGGUCUGCACAAGUUGAAGAGCCUCGAGUACCUUGCCCCCAAUUUUCAUUGGGCUUUGGCUACGCUGCCAUCACUGGUCCAACUCAGCCUUGGUAACCAUGCUAGGUUACAAUCUGCGAACCAGCCAGAGAGUAUACCAACUGAAAUUGAGUGUCUUUCGGUACAGGUGGGCAGUGCCACUCUCAACCAGCAUGCCCCCAACUGGUCUGCACUUGUGACAUUCCUGGCUACCUUUCAACGACUACGGAAAGGCAGCAUCCAGAUCUGUACCUGUUAUGGCCAUCCUGGCCAGGAAGGUAUACCAGUUGGGUCACAAUGGGACCCAGCCCCGGCCGUAUACGGUGAUUUCACAAAUCUCGUUGCGGCCUUCGAGCCUGUCCGCGAACAGCUUGAGGAGAUGGAUUUCCGUUUAUAUGACUACCGGGAUGAGUUGUUCCUCAACUACUGCUACGCUGCCCGAGGACUUCAAGACUUCUCUUGCCUGCGAAAGCUAUUCAUUCCUUACGAGGGGCUCCUGACAGGAUCAUCGGCACGGAUCGCGAGUUGUGUGACGAACGCGGAUCAUCCACCAAUCACAGACACUUUGCCAACAUCACUGGAGUCGCUCACGGUAUACUGUCCUAAGCUGAGUAUAUACGAUUGGCUAAGUCCGCUUGUCAAGGACAAAUCCCAGCUUCCGCGUCUGAAAGAGAUCCAUCUCCACUGCUCCCUUCAUUUCAACGACACUUAUCCCACCUUUGCAUACAUCAACCAGCCCCAACCAGUGGCGGAUGGUCUGAAACACAGUAGGGAUAUCACUGUUGCGUACAGUUCCCGUGUAUGGUUAGACGAAUGGGAUAGCUACGACCUCGCGGCAAUGCCUAUGGCAGCAUGGCAAGCAUCCCUAGGAGCGAGCAGUGAUACAGACCGCAUCGAUUUUCCCAUGAACGAAGUGUCUGCUCCUCAGAUGAUCACCUGGAACUGGAUCGGUGCUCAAGAACGUUGGUAUUCCCGGUAUCGAACUUGCCUCCGUGAUCGAAGUUGGAGGCACGCCAUGCCCUCCCUGGAUCCUACUCCGAAGUAA